AGCCACACGCUUCCCAUUGACUUGCCAUGUCUCUGUGUUUGUUUAGCCUUACAGUUACCUCCCUACUUCUGGUAUUACUGGUUCUAGCUUUCCGUGACCUGACAGAGGUUUGUCAUUCUGUAUAUGAGUGUUUGUGCUCCAGCAAGUGGAGUUCAUGCUUGUUUGGUCUUACUGUAUUAAUGCAGGUCAGAGGAACAACAGCGUGAGCAGGCCAGGAUAUCAAAGAUCUUUUCCUCGGAGGAGACACUGAAGAGCUCUUGCUAAAAGAACAAUUUGCUGAGGGUGUUUUCAGCAUUUCUUUCAAAUUUGUCCUUAUCUGCUGGCUGGGAUGAGGGGGCUCAGGAGCCUUAUUGUUGGGCUCUUGUCUGCCUUCUUCUCCACUGCCUUUGGUCUUUAUUUCCCUCCUCACGUGGAGCAGCUCCCAACCAUCACCGCUCAGACCUCAGGCUCUCUCAUUGCCUUACAAUAUGAUGAGAACAUCCUGUUCAAGUGUGAAGCCAAAGGCAACCCAAGACCUACGUACCGCUGGACGAAAGAUGGGAAGGAUUUUGACCUGCAUAAAGACUCUCAGCUCAUUAUAGAAGAAAGUAGUGGGUCCUUUUUGAUACCCAACACUAAAGAUAAGGCGAAAUACCAGGGAAAGUACAGAUGUUACGCCUCAAACAAGCUCGGAACAGCAAUGUCAGAGGAAUCAGAAUUUAUUGUGCCUAUGGUUCCCAAGUUUCCCAAGAAGAAGAUAGAGCCAGCGGUGGUCACAGAAGGCGAUUCAGUGGUUUUGGAGUGUAACCCGCCACAAGGCAUUCCACCUUGGCAACUGUACUGGAUGACCAAUGAUCUUCAACACAUUGAGCAGAAUGAGAGGGUGUCCAUGGGCCUCAAUGGGAAUCUGUACUUCUCUAAUACACUGUUGUCAGAUAGCCACGAUGACUACUGCUGUUUUGCCUCCUUUUCCAGGAUACGCACAAUUGUUCAGAAACCACGCAUGGUCCUGAGGGUCAACCCAAGACAGGGGGAUAAUAACAUCACGAGUGUUCAGAAGAGGAAGCCGAGCAUUUUGGUGCCCUCCAGUCAUUAUACGACAUACCUAAAAAAAGGAGAAGAGCUGGAGCUGGAGUGUAUAGCAGAAGGACUGCCUACACCUUCGGUAGAAUUUAUCAAGAUGUGGGAAAAUUUACCAAACCGUACACAAAUCAAGAAAUUUGGAAAGCUACUGACAAUACCAAAUGUCACAGAUCAGGAUGAAGGGAAAUACAUGUGCAAAGCCAAGAAUGAUCUUGGUGAAGCUGAGCAUUAUUUCCAAGUUGUUGUGGAGGAGCCACCUAGCUGGCAGGAGGAGCCAGUGAGGAGUCGGUUAGCAGAGAUUGGAUCUGACAUCCACAUCAAGUGUCCUGUUAGAGGAAAACCACAACCCACAAUCACCUGGAAGAGAAAUGGCCAGCCUCUUGAUGAUUUUCCUUCUACCAAUUACAAAGUGCUUGAUGACAGAAUAAUCAUCCUCAGAGCGGAGCAGAGAGACACUGCAGUGUACCAGUGUGAGGCCUCCAACAGACACGGGACCUUACUUGUCAAUGCAAAUGUGCUUGUCAUGAAUUAUCCCCCUUUGAUUCUGACGCCGAUUUAUCUGGAGUACACAGCCAUGUUAGGCAGGAGUGUGAUUAUGGACUGCGAAGUCUUCAGCUCACCACCUGCCACCAUUAACUGGAGAAGAGAAGACCCAGAGGGCUCUAUAGAUGGAGAGAGAUAUUCUCUCCUGAAGAAUGGCUCCCUGCUGAUUCACAAAGUCGAGAUGGAAGAUAUGGGCCAGUACAAAUGUUUGGCAAACAACUCCGAAGGCACCAUGAGCCUCACCACUGAAGUUUUUAUUAAAGAUUCAACAAGGAUCGUAGAACCUCCUCAAGACACGAAGGUCAAAAGAGGAUCUAUGGCGGAGCUGGAGUGCCAGGUGGAGUGCGAUCCCACCCUCAGAAGAGAGCUGGAGACCUUGUGGAUGAAAGAUGGGAUGAAUAUCCUCACAAAUGUCUCUGAAGGAUAUUUCACAGAUGAUGGAAUUCUCCAGAUUGUCAAUGUGAGCCACAGUGAUGAAGGGAAUUACACCUGUGUUGUUCGAACAUCACUGGAUCAAGAUACAGCUUCUGCAUACAUAACUGUGUUAGAUGUUCCAGAUCCACCGGUUCAACUGACGCUCUCUGAGCUGAAAGACCGGAGUGUGAAGCUCCAUUGGGUGGCUGCCAGCGAUCAUAAUAGUCCCAUAACAGAGUUUAUUAUCCAGUAUGAAGAGAACCACUGGGAGCCGGAGAAGUGGAAGGAGCUUCUACGAGUUGCAGGCAGCCAGUUUUCAGCCCCCUUGACGCUCUACGGCCACAUUAACUACCAGUUCAGAGUCAUCGCUGUCAAUGCUAUCGGGAGAAGCCAUCCCAGCAUACCCUCCAAAAGAUAUAAGACACCUCCUUGCGCCCCCGACCGGAACCCAGAAAACAUUAAGAUUGAGAGUCAACUGCCACAUCAGAUGGACAUCAGCUGGGAGCCGCUAUUGCCUGUGGAGCACAACGGUCCCGGUCUGGAAUACAAACUGAGUUACAGGCUAAUGGGUGUUGAGGACAGUUGGAAAGAACAGAUGAUAAAGAGACACACAUUUGUGGUGCGAGACACCCAAACAUUCGUCCCCUAUGAGGUCAAGAUCCAGGCCUUCAACAGCCACGGUUGGGCACCAGAACCCAGAGUGGUGACUGGUUAUUCCGGGGAAGACUUGCCCUUGGUGGCCCCUGAAGACAUAUCUGUGGAGGUGUUGAACUCUACACUGCUGAGGGUCAGCUGGUCACCGGUGCCCCAAACUGCCCUGAGGGGCGAUCUUGGUGGAUACACUGUCCACUGGUGGCAAACAAAAAGUCUGAUGACCUCCAAGAGAAUUCCCUUAGAGAGACAGUCUCUCACCAUCCCUGGAAACAGGAGUCACACCAUGGUGCCGGGACUGAAGCCAUUCUCUGAAUAUAGCCUGACUGUCAACAUCUUUAACCAGAGAGGGAAUGGGCCCAGCAGCAGUCCCAUCUCUUUCACAACUCCACAGGGAGUUCCUGAGCAACCUCCCAUCCUGAGAGCCACAAACUUUCAGAAAGACUCCAUUACACUGGUGUGGGCGCCUCCACAUGAAACCAAUGGCUUUCUCACGGGAUACUUGCUGCAAUAUCAAACAGUUAAUGAUACUCUGGAUGAGCUGAAAUCUGUGAACAUCAAUGCACCAGGUACAACACAGUGGGUCUUGCGUGAUCUGCAAGAUGACAACUGGUAUAAGUUCUACCUGAGCGCGUGCACGCAGGUGGGCUGUGGGUCAGCCAUCAGUGAGGAAGGAGGCACCGUCUCUGAAGCAUUGAUGAACAACAUAUCCAACUUUGUAAGUGACACCUCUGCAAGAAUCAGCUGGAGAACCAGAGGAGAACGUUCUGAUUCACAGCUCUAUGUUGCCAUAAUGAAUCACCGUGAUGGUAUCUGGCAGCUUUCAGAGGCUUUAAAUACAUCUAAAGGUUUCCACCUCAUUGAAGGGCUCAGCCCAGGAACUGUGUACACAGUCCGGCUGCAGGCUUCACACAGGGUUGAUGUCCCUAGCAUUUUUGAAGAGGUUUUCAAGACCAGGAAAGCAUCUAGUAAACAACCUAUGGCAUCCCAGGAGUGGUUUGUGGCGGUCAUGUGCGGAGUGGCUUUACUAACUCUGCUUGUCCUCAUCGGCUGUUUUGUAAUCAAGAACAAAAGCGGCAAGUACACAGUGAAGGAAAAGGAGGAAACUCUGGCUGAUCCUGAAGCUCAAGCCAUGGGUGAAGAAUCCCCCUGUGAGUACAGUGACAAUGAUGAGAAGCUGCUGAAGAGCAGCCAGCAAUUGUUCACAGACAUCAAAGCGGAUGAUAGCAGUGAGGACGACGGCUGUGAAUUCGACGAAGAUGGGUCAUUCAUCGGCGAGUACUCAGGGUACAAGCGCAGGGUGUCCACAGAGGUGAACGGACAGGCCCCCGUGACCUCUUAAUGCUGGUUCGAUCUUAGGAACUUUUAAACAGUUUUACAGGGAGAACAAAAAGAUUGUUUGUAUGAUGUGCCAUUAAUAUGUCUAUGUUUUUUUAAGAGUUUGUUUUUGCGUGAAUGGCCACUUCUUUACAGUAUUAAUAUGAAGAGUGAUGACAGGUUACAGUUCUGGCCAACAUGAAAAUUAUGCAAUCAUUUAUUCAUCGCUAUGCUGUUGCAAACUGGUAUGACUGACUUUUUGAGACAUUUAGCAGAAUGUUCACGCUGCUCUUUCCUUACAAUAAAAAUAAAUGGUGACCAAGAACUGCAAAGCUCCAAAAAAGACCAAAAUAUGCCUAUACCUUUGUGAAAAAGUACACUUCAGCAUACUUAAAAAAAAAUAGUACUUAUGGAAAUAAUAUACUUUAUAAGAAUAUACGUUAAGUGCAACUCACUGUCAGUGUACACUAUUUGAAUGUUAUUUGAACAUUACUUUAGUAAUUAAAUUUAUAUUAAAUCCA